CGCUAACCCGCUCCGCACGCGAACUCAGAAGAGCCCCGAGGCCCGCAAAUCCGGUUUCUGCACGCCCGUGGGGCUGCUCGCCGCGAGAAUUCUAGCCUGGGUGGGACGAACCAUCCGCGCCCGCCACGGGGGUGGUGGGUCAGCUCCGCGCGCCAACAGCGCCGGGACCGUGGGAGUUCAGAAGCCGCGCGGCCUGGGGUCCCCUCACGCAGGACGGCCUAGAGGGCGUGGCUUUUCCAGGACGAGGCUGGAGCUGCGGGCGGGACCCGCCUUCUCAGGCUUCAGGGACCGCCCUUCCCGCUCCGGCCCGCAUGGCGGACAAGAAACUGGUGGUGGUGUUUGGAGCCACAGGUGCUCAGGGAGGCUCAGUGGCCCGGACGCUCCUGGAAGAUGGGACAUUCAGGGUCCGAGUGGUCACUCGAGACCCUAGGCAGAGGGCAGCAAGGGAGCUGAGGCUGCAGGGUGCAGAAGUGGUGCGGGGAGACCAGGAUGACGAGGCCAGCAUGGAGCUGGCCCUGACCGGGGCCCAUGCUACCUUCAUCGUGACCAACUACUGGGAAAACUGCAGCCAGGAGCAGGAGGUCAAGCAGGGAAAGCUGCUGGCCGAUGUGGCCAAGCGCCUGGGCCUUCGCUACGUGGUCUACAGUGGCUUGGAGAACAUCAGGAAGCUAACGGCCGGGAGGCUGGCAGCGGGCCACUUUGACGGCAAAGGGGAGGUGGAGGAAUAUUUCCGGGACAUCGGAGUUCCCAUGACCAGCGUGCGGCUGGCCUGCUAUUUUGAGAACCUGCUCUCCUACUUCCUGCCCCAGAAAGCUCCGGAUGGAAAGAGCUACUUGCUGAGCUUGCCCAUGGGUGAUGUGCCCAUGGACGGCAUAUCUGUGACCGACCUGGGUCCCGUGGUGCUAAGCCUGCUGAAGAUGCCAGAAGAAUACAUUGGCCGGAACAUCGGGCUCAGUACCUGCAGGCACACGGCGGAAGAGUAUGCCGCCCUGCUCUCCAAGCACACCGGCAAGGCCGUGCGCAGUGCCAAGACGACCCCAGAGGACUACGAGAAGUAUGACUUCCCUGGCGCCCGAGACCUUGCCAACAUGUUCCGUUUCUAUGCCCUGAAACCUGACCGUGACAUCGAACUGACCCUGAGACUCAACCCCAAGGCCAAGACACUGGACCAGUGGCUGGAGCAGCACAAAGGGGACUUUGCUGGGCUCUGACCCUGCCAUCUCUCAGCCCCGUCUGGGGGCACAGGAGAUACAGUCACAGUGAUCCGUUCUCGUGUUGCAAAAAGUUAUUUUUUUAAAUAAAGGCCAUUGUUUUCACA